AAUCUCUCUGUGUUUCUCUCUCUCUCUCUCUCUUUGUUCUUCCACUCGUGAAAGACCAGAGAGUUUUCUCCUGAUCCACACAACAACACAGAGAUCCCAAAUCCGGAAGAUAUCUUCUUCUCUCAUAACUCAGUUUACUCAGAUCAACUGAAACAUACAAUUAAGAGCAGUAACCGUCAGUCUCACACCUGCAGAAAAAUUCACUCUUCAUCUAAUAAUGUUCCUCUACAGAGGGAUUCAUGUAUCGAUCAUUUUGACUUUUUCAGGAAUCAAAGAUGAAAAAUUAUAGUUAAAGCUUAGUAGUAGUAGAUAGGUUUAAUAAAUUUGUAGUUAAGAAAGCCAAAAAAAAAAAAAAAAAAAAAACAUUAAACUAAAAUCCAACACUAGAAACCAGAGAGACCUCUUAACGACAACAACCUCUCUGUACACAAGACAACAAACACUCUCUACAAAAACACUACUCUUCCUUCUUCUCUCUACUCUAAUCUAAUUCUAAAGAGAGAGAGAGAGAGAGAGAAAAGCCAUGGAUGGGUAUGAAGCUACUAGGAUUGUGCUCUCUAGAAUCCAAAGCUUAGACCCUGAAAACGCAUCAAAGAUCAUGGGUCUUCUCCUUCUUCAAGAUCACGGUGAGAAAGAGAUGAUAAGGCUAGCUUUUGGUCCAGAGACUCUUGUUCACUCUGUUAUAGUGAAAGCCAAGAAAGAGUUAGGUCUCAUGAACUGUUCAAGGUCUCCAUGGAGUCAUCAAGAUGAGUUAAUUAGCCCUAAGAAUAACCGCGGCUCUUCUCUCAAUCCUGCUUCUUUGCCCUUCUACGCUAAUGGAGGAAGAUCUUCUAGGGAUUUAACCAACGACUUCGAGCUCAUGGAUGAUGUUAACUCAAGAAGUGAUUUUUUGGGCUCUGUGCAUGCGAGAAGCGGUAGCUGUGUUUUGGACGGGUUAGGGUAUGGUGGUGAUUCUGAUUUAGGGUUUGGAGGUGUCCCCUGUUCUUAUUUCGCUAGAGGCUUCUGCAAGAACGGAGCUAGCUGCAGAUUCGUACACAGUGAUGGAGGAGCUGAUUUGGUUGGCUCUCCUAGCAGAAUCGAGCUUCUUAGGUCUAACUCGGUACCUCCAAGACUUGCUCACCACUUCAUGACUCGCUCUUCUCUUCCUUCUUUUUCACCUAAAGGUGUUAACUUGCAGCAAAACGAUAUUCAAAGAGCUGCUGCUGCUUUGAUGAUAGGAGAUGAAUUGCAGAAGCUUGGAAGAUGGAGACCUGAAAGGAUUGAUCUUUCUGCUAUGGCUUGUCCAGCUUCAAGACAGAUCUAUCUGACAUUUCCUGCCGACAGUAGGUUCAGGGAGGAAGAUGUGUCUAAUUACUUCAGUACUUUUGGACCAGUUCAAGAUGUGAGGAUACCAUAUCAGCAAAAGAGGAUGUUUGGUUUUGUGACAUUUGUGUACCCUGAGACUGUUAAGAGCAUUCUUGCCAAAGGGAAUCCUCACUUUGUGUGUGAUUCUAGAGUUCUUGUUAAGCCUUACAAGGAGAAAGGCAAAGUCCCUGACAAAUACAGAACUAACCAGACAACAGAGCGAGAAUUGUCCCCAACAGGCCUUGAUUCUAGCCCCAGGGAUGUUCUAGGUGGGAGAGGGUUUUAUAACAACACCCAAGAUGUGCUGUGGAGGAGUAAGUUUGAAGAAGAGAUUCUUGAGCUUCAGAGCAGAAGGCUGAUGAAUCUGCAGCUUCUUGACGUCAAGAAGCAUUUCCAACUCAAUUCCCCUACCAACAUUCACUCUCCGAAUCCUUUCAGCCAAUCACUUAUAUCUCCCGGACCAUUGUCCGUGAUCAAGAGAGAGUAUGAAGGAGGAGAGAAAGGGAAAGGAAGUUCUAAAGAAGGAUCUGAUGAUGAUACAAUGAAUCUACCAGAGAGGUUGGAGGAUAGCUUGCCAGACAGUCCGUUUGCGUCGCCCGCCCAUCAUUUGCUUCUGUUUGCUGAUUCUACAGACAAUAACGGAUCGGAUUUGUGGUCGCCUUCUUCUGAUAAUGAUGAUAAUUCUACUCCUUCGACACUCUCUGACUCCUUCAACUCUUUCAACUGCCAAAUGCCGAGGUUACCGGCGAUUGGAAUGUUACCCAGUAGGGGUGGACCAACCUGUCGUGUUGGGAUAUAAACAGGAAGAGAAGUAAGAAAAAAACUGAUAAUAUAGAGAGACCCUUAAUAACCAAAAAGAUGCAGAGGUGUAUAAAAUAAAAAGCAGGAAAUUUGAUGUAAGAGAUAGAAGAAGAGAAAGAAGGAAGAUUGUUGUACCAUUUCUCUAGUUUUAAUGUUGUAAUGUGAUGGACCACACAAGAUGAUCUAAUAUGAUAUGAUAUAUAUAAUAUAGGACAAGAAGUGUAAUCUCUCUAAAGAUAUACAAAAGAAAAGAGAGAUUAUCAUUUGCGUUUGAAAAGUCAAUAUGUUCUUGUCCUUGCUA